GCCAUGGCUCAACAGUACGGCGGCUACAACCAGGUGGGCUACGGCUCUAAUCCCUACGACCAGCGCGACGAGGCCCCAGCGGCUAGUGGCCGAUACAACAACUACAGUCAGGGCAGAUAUGAUGAUCGUAGUGCGGUCGAGAUGCAGCCAUACGGCGGUCAGCAAGCCGGUGCAGACCCCAAUGCCAUCCUCAACGAAUGCCGAGAAGUCGACCGCGCGCUCGACCAGAUCAACGGGCAGCUCGACAACCUAGAGCGCAUCUUCAAGCAGGUCCUGGCCCGUCCAGACAUGCCCUCCGGCGAAAUCUCCAACCUUAGCUCCCAGAUCAUGACGGCCUACCGCGCGCUCGUCGCACGCGUCAAAAACAUCAAGUCAAAGCCCGAGUCUGGAAACCCGCGAAACGCACCCCAAGUUGGAAAGGUGGACCGCAGGCUCAAGCAGACCAUCAACCGAUACCAGACCCUCGAGGCUGAGUUCCGACGAGACUCUCAAGCUGCCGCUGAGCGCCAAUACCGCAUUGUGAGGCCAGAUGCCACAGACGACGAGGUCCGACAGGCGGUCGAGGACCCCGAUGCGCCAAUUUUCCAGCAAGCUCUCCUCAGCUCCGACCGCCGCGGUCAGGCACAAUCCAGCCUCCGAAACGUCCAGGAGCGACAUGAAGCUAUCCAGAAAAUUGAGCGACAGAUGGUGGAAUUGGCACAGCUGUUCCAGGACCUUGACCAAAUUGUUAUGCAACAGGAGCCGCUCGUCACGAACAUUGAGGCAAAGGGAGAGGAAGUACAUGACAACGUCGUCAAGGCGAAUACCGAAAUUGGUGGCGCCAUUGAAAAAGCAAGGAGCCGUAACCGCAAGAAGUGGUGGUGCCUCCUCAUUGUCGUGCUCAUCAUUAUUGUCAUCGCCGUCGUGGUUGCGGUGGUUGUCACUAUCAACAAAAAUAAGUAG